CUCGUGGAUAUGCAAUAGAGCUCGUGCCGCUGCGCUGAGCUGGUUGGAAUACGUUUAACCAGUCGUUAGCUUUAAUAUACAUUAGCUUUAUCAAGCUAUUCGCGACAGUAUAUUUUGUUUACAAAAAUAAUCAGCGAUUGUAGUGAGGAGCCAAAACCCAAAAGGACAUUUUUAUGUUUGACUGUGUACUAAAGCUUCUUCAUAGUUUGGACGCAGGCUAACUGGCUAGUGAGCCUUCGGAAAGACCCCACCACCCAAAGAUUGAAACGGAGAUUAAAGCCACCAUCUAAUCUAUUCAAGAGGAUAACCAGUGACACACACACACACCAAUCCUCUAAACCAGCAAAGUCAAUGAACUGACAGGUGGAGUUCAUUUCCAUUCAUAAAUACUCUCUCCAGCACAUCCACUAGAAGCGCUCAUCAUUAUAUCAGAGCACCAACCUUAGCUAACCCUGGCGUGAAUUUCAUCCACUGAAAGAUGAGAUAACUCCUCAGUCAAAGGAGGAAGCGUAGGCAUGGCUCGGGACACUCCUUUGAGACCUCGUCCUCCUGAGACCCUUAUGUAAUGUGCCACAUCUGCUAAUAGACGUCAGCUGGGCCUGAUGCGCUCGCACGUAAACACAUAAGGAGGUCCCUAAAGCAUCCCAAAGGAAAAGUUGACCUUUUGUUUUUCCAUUGUUUCCUAUUUGCCUCCCCCAAGCAUUUUGGGGUUUUUUCUUCUAGUUUUCAUUCAGAAUCACUCCAAUCACCUGAUUCAAUUCCUAGGAGCUUUGUUGCGUGUAUAAGCUAAACAUUGCUCUUGUCACCUUUUUUCUUUUUUUGUCUGUGAAAGCCUCCUCAAGAUCGAAUGCCAAAACAUUUUUCUUUUUUGUUGGUAAGAAGAUUUGAUCUAAUCAUCGAUGCAGAUGUAGUCUUGACAUUGAAGGCCUACUAAUAUUUUGUGAAUAUCAUCUGGCCUGUAGUCCAUCGCUCACCAGUGCAUCGGCAAUGCUUCGACUGAAGAGAGAAAUACUUCAAAGGGUGCGAUGUAGCACAUUUUUGUUAAAAUGAAGGAGAGACAUUUUUACAUUUUCUGAUAGCGUGGACAGUGGGGGGAAGACAUCUUCAUCUGCUCACAGUUUUGACCGCCACCUCCUUCCCUCAUUACCUUUGAAACCUUUGAAACCUUCUAAACUGAACUUGCCAACUUAGGCUUUGUAAACCAAGUAGAAGAGAUGUUCAUCACAAGCAUGUCGCUCAAAUGAUAUGCGUUUAAUGAACGUUCAUCAGCAGUUGCAAAAAAACUUUUAUAAUUAUGUCCUGUAUGCUGUCCUCUACCUCUCAUUUCAUACUGUAUCACCAAAUCUUUAUUUUUAGUGCAUCAUAGAUCAGUUUGCUUUUUCAGUUGGUUUUAGUUGCCUCUGUGAAACUGGUUGGAUUUUUUUUAUUUGUCAUUUUUAUGAAACAUUUUUAGUUUGUGUGUUCUUUCUAAACAGUUGACGAAAGUGAGAGUCUUUUUGCAUUUACAUUCAUGCUUUAAGCAAAUGACCAAAACAGUGGUGCCAUGCUUUAUCAUGUUUAACUUUUAAAAUCCUUGUGAAUCAUAGUGACCGAAUUCCAUCUGCAGAAACUGAAUCAAACUUGUUCUUUUGGGGAGGAUCUUGUAGCGGUUGAAACUAUACUCAUGUUGUGGCCUUUUCAUACACCGCUGAAAGGGUGACAGCUUUUCCCUUAAUAUACACGUUUGUGCUGUCUCAACACAAACAUUCGCAAACGGAUCAUUUAUCGGGGUGUGCUGCGAUUUUGCCCCCUGGUGAUGCCGAGCGGCAGCAUGAGCGGGGGCGUGUCCGGACCCACUUCCCCGCCCCAACCCGUUGUUCCAUCUCGACCUCUCCGGCCAAGUCGCUACGUGCCUGUCUCUGCAGCAACGGCCUUCCUGGUUGGAUCAACAACGCUGUUCUUUUGCUUUACGUGUCCUUGGCUUUCGGAGCAGUUUUCUGUCGCUGUGCCGAUAUACAAUGGCAUUAUGUUUCUGUUUGUGUUGGCCAACUUCUGUAUGGCCACGUUUAUGGAUCCUGGCAUCUUCCCCAGAGCUGAGGAGGAUGAAGAUAAAGAGGAUGAUUUCCGGGCUCCUCUCUACAAGACUGUGGAGAUCAGAGGCAUUCAGGUGCGGAUGAAGUGGUGCUCCACCUGCCGUUUCUACAGACCGCCACGCUGCUCGCACUGCUCUGUGUGCGACAACUGUGUGGAGGAUUUUGAUCAUCAUUGCCCGUGGGUUAAUAACUGUAUCGGCCGGAGGAACUACCGUUACUUCUUCAUGUUCCUGCUGUCUUUGACAGCUCACAUCAUGAGCGUGUUCGGCUUUGGCCUGCUCUUCAUUCUCUACCACACUCAGCAGCUGGACAGAGUACAUUCAGCUGUCACCAUGGCCGUCAUGUGUGUCGCUGGGCUAUUCUUCAUCCCAGUGGCAGGCCUCACUGGUUUCCAUGUUGUUCUGGUGGCAAGAGGCAGGACCACCAAUGAGCAGGUGACGGGGAAGUUUAGAGGAGGCGUGAACCCCUUCACAAACGGCUGCCUGAGAAACAUAUCGCACGUUCUGUGCAGCUCACAGGCACCCAGGUAUUUGGGUAGGAGGAGAAAGACUCCGACAGUAUCCGUUCAACCUCCUUUCCUUCGGCCACAGCUCACUGAAGCCCAGCUGGCCGCCAAAGUGCUCGAUAAUGGAAUCCAAGGAGAUCUACACCGGUCCAAGAGCAGUUUGGAGAUGAUGGAGAGUCAGUCUGCUGAUGCCGAGCCUCCGCCUCCCCCUAAACCGGAGCUCAGAUACCCUGGGCUGUCACGAGGACCUCCCGGACACUCUGAGGAGAGCAGUCUGUUAAAUAAAGCUCCGCCCACCCCCACUAUGUUCAAGUACAGGCCCGCCUACAGCAGCCCGAGCAAGAACCACACUGCCCUUACACAUGCCUAUGCCAACCAGAUGAGUCGUGGGGACAGUCUUAAAGAGUCCGCUUCCUCUCUCCUCCAGUCCAGUCAGCAGCCAGGUUAUCGCUCUGAGCCCAGUCUGGACGGACGAGAGGGGGCAGCAGUGGAGCGAAGCGGCACGGAGCGAAGCGGCACGGAGCGAACGGGAGGGCCCCCCGGAGGACCAUCAGGCUCAGGGGUGCCGGGCUACUCCCUCGGAGGGCGCUCGUAUCCCUCCUUUUCCGAUCAUACGGUUCUCGCCGGCGGGGCCUCGCGGUCCUCCAGCGUCCGCUCUUCCCACAAUGCCCCACCAUCUGAGGCCACCACCUCCACCAGCUACAAGAGCUUAGCAAAUCAAACACCACCGCUGGUUCCACGUAACGGCAGUCUGUCGUACGACAGUCUGCUUACUCCCUCGGAAAGCCCCGUUUUUGAAUCCGCAGCACCAGAGAUAUCACCAGGGCGACCGCGCACGCCGGUCGGAUACAGUUCACCCUUCCUGUCGGCACAGAUCGCCCAUCAACGGGAAGUGGAGCUGCAUCAGCCAUCCAGUGCCGCCCUUCUCGCAUCCCCACAGCACGCAGCAUACAUUCGGGGCUCCACAUCCUCGUCUCCUCCGCCGCCACCUGAAAGGGAACGGGAACGGCUGCUGCACGAAUCACAACCCCACCACCAUCGUCAUCACCACCAUCAUCACCACCGGCCGCCCCGCUUCUCUCGUCCUCCUCUGCUUUCCGACUCGGGCCACUCCCAGCCCUCCUAUGCGUACCGCACCCGCUCUACUGACACCCCCCUGCAGACCACCGCCCACCCCCCACGCUCGCCACACGCCCCGCCACUGGGGAAGUCUCUGUCUUACUCGAGUGCUGCAGCUGCUGAGAUGCAGUACCGCCUGGUCCGCAAAGCCUCGGCCUCGAUCGGGGGAGGGGGCAUACAGGCGCCAAAGGACGAGAUUCAGAUGAAGUCGUAUAGUAGGACAAAUGGGCAGUCAAAAUCAUCUCUUCCUCAGUCUCCUUCCACUCCCUCGUGCCCCUCUCAUCCUGGCAGCGUGUCCACUCGCCCGGGUCAGGCCUAUUCCAGCGCUGGCUCUUCUCAGAGCCCCGCCCACAAGCCUGGAGGUGGGGUGAAGAAGGUGACAGGUGUCGGAGGGACCACUUACGAGAUAUCGGUGUGAGACACCAGCAGCUACUUUGACCAAUGGUCUGUCGAGAAUGGAGCCACAGACUCUCAAUUCUCCGCCCACAUUGCAGAGCCGUGCUGUAAGAAGAGGAAAAAAUGUGUUUUGGACAUUUAUUGCUGCCCACAAAAAGAAAUCUUUUUGCAUUUCAGACUUGAAAAAGAAAAUCAAGCAAGUUUUGGUUAGACAUAGAGGAGGAGGUGGAGGAGGGGGGGUUUGUUUUUCAGCCGUGAGACCUAUAUAAGACUCCUAACCAGAAAAAGAGGUGUAACACGUAUACAACUGGAAGUACUGGAUGGCUUUCAUACAUUAUAAUGACUUCAGUACAUCACAAAAGAAAAUUUCAGUCCAACAUAAAUGUGUAAAUUGUUCUGUAUAGAGAGAAAAGGGUGUCAUUUUUUUCACAGAGUGGAAUUUGGUUUUUUUUCCGAAGGGGACCUGUGACAUGCAGUAGCCAUGUCAGACCACUGUGAUUGGCAUGCGACAAUGUUGCGUCUGUAUCCAAUCAUUACCAGGGGAGCAAAAGAUUAAAGAGAAGUUAAGGAUAUGGAUUGCAUUAUUGAAAUGACAAUGGCCUUUUCAACGUAGUGUUUUCAGAGCAGUGGCCUUGGUAACCAAGGAUGUUUUUAUUUAAAUUUUAAAAUGUUUUAUAUGACUUUAUAAAUGUUAUUGAUAAGAUCAAAAUGACUUUUUUACAAUGGCUCACGAAAUUCUCAAUGGACAUUUAUCCAGCCAUGUAGUGGAAUAAAGACAUGCUCCAGCCAGAGAGGAGUCUGGGAAACUGAUGAGGUCACCCAAUGACCAGUCAUGCACAGAGGGGGUUACUUGUAGCAUAAAAAUGCAUUUCACACAAUGGGGCUCAAUCUGUGGCACAGAGGUUAUCACGUAAACAGAUUCUCUGCCUCUAAGGUAUAUUUUUUCUUUUACUGCUACGUGAGGCAGAGCUUCCUGGUGGCCUUGACUAGUCAUCCAAGUAGGAUUUAAAGCUUGCUGCUCAGUGUCACAGAAUGGUGGGUUAUCAUAUCAUUGCUCUCUGGUCGGAUGGCAGUCAAGCUGUCAUUAUGAAUCAGCGGAACGCCUUUUAAAUAUUUAAUUUGUACGCGUUACAUUCAAGAAAAGCGUUAUGACAUAUUGCAGGACUCAUUUCAAUCAUUGUCUGUCUUGUCAGGGGUAUUGAUCAACAUUUAGAUCAGGGCUGGCCAGUCACGUGCUGGGAGGUGUUUAAUGGCACAAGUCAUCCUCUCAGAACAAUUAUAAGAAUAUUUAGACUCAAAAUAUGGAUGGGAAAGAAAAGAACGUGUACUGUAUAGUUCAGUGUGAGUGAACAUGGUCGUGGACAAUGUGUAUGCCUGAAUGUGUGUGGUUGAGCAUUGGUAAUAAACUCUAUGAAUCAUUUGUACUCUUUAUGGUGUUUUUAUCAUGUUUGGGAGGAGGGGAACUGAAUGUUGUUGGAAAGAUUCAACCACCGUUUUGUUAUUGCAUCAGAUAAAAAAUUGAACCAAUUGUCACAUCACACACUUAAUAAGCAAACGUUUGUAGAUUUUGCUAAAACAAUAUGUAUGGUUUCAA